AUGUUUGGUGGAUAUCGAACUGAAUCUCACUCCGAGGUGGUCGGUCGUUUCAAUGAGAGAUUCAUUUUGUCGUUAGCGAGUUGUCGUGACUGUGUUGUGGUUGACGAUCGACUCAACUUAUUACCGUUAUCAUCACAUAUCAACAAUAUUCAGUCUGUUAGUGCGAAUGUCAAGAAUGAAUCGAACGCCAAACAAGAAGAACUGACUGCACUCAAAACUUCUCUGGCUGAAACGAAACCAAUCGGACAGCUGAUAAGUAAAUGCAAAACAUUGUGUCAAGCCAAGGCGUUGUUACGUUUGUUGGAUGUGAUAACGGAUAAAGCUCUGCAAUCCACAUGCUCAGUAACGGCUGCGAGAGGCAGGGGCAAGUCGGCAGCGCUCGGUCUGGCCAUUUCGGGCGCGAUUGCAUUCGGCUACACGAAUAUAUUCGUUACGAGUCCGUCACCGGACAAUCUGAAAACAUUAUUCGAAUUCGUCGUUAUCGGUAUGAAUAUCAUCGGUUUCGAAGAACACACCGAUUUCGAGUUAUUGCAAUCGACAAACCCUGAGUUUGGCAAAGCGCUCGUUCGGAUCAACGUCUUCAAGGAACAUCGACAAGUUAUUCAAGUAUGUUCAUAG